CGGUUCUGGGUGUGUUGUACUCGUUUCUGUGUUUGUGUCCAUCUGAACCAAGAUAUAUUCUUAGUGCUUAGUGUUGGCCGUCGAGUGUUGUCCAUGUUGUCCAAUUGUGAGGCGUGUUACAUAAAAAAAUGUUUUAUCAUGAAGUAGAUUAUAUUUAGGGAACCCUAUUUUACAUGAAUUUAAAUCGCUCUUAGCUAGCUGAUUUUCCAUUUCAGUUUGUACAAUAUAUUUGGUAUUUUAUGACGGUGACAGAGCAAGUGAUAAAUAUAAAGUAAUAAAAUUAUUUCAUUUUUAUUUUCGCAAUAAAUAGACAGACACUUGUUAAAAAUGUAUAUUGGCGGGUUGGUGCGCAUAUCAAUAUGAUAUCCGUGGUGUUGGUGUGUGGAUUGUUUGCUGCCGUUUUAACUGAAGACAUCCCGAGUGACCCGGUGGAACUUUUAAGACAAUAUGUCCAGAUUAAUACAACCACUGGAAAUGAUCUCAGCCCAGCUGUAGAGUUCUGGACGGCGUUGGCGGAGGCCGAGGGGGUUCCCAUUACACAAUAUGAGUUCGAGGAGGGGUACCCUGUGCUGGUGCUGAAGUGGGAGGGCGCGGACCCCUCGCUGGACGCCAUCAUGCUCAACUCCCACAUGGACGUGGUCCCAGCAGAUGAAGCCGACGGAUGGACCUACCCACCAUUUGAGGCGUUCAUGACUGACGAGGGUGACAUCUAUGGACGCGGCACCCAAGACAUGAAGUCUGUAGCCAUCCAGUAUUACGACGCUCUCCGGCGGAUCAAAGCCAACAAUGUCACACUCCUGCGCACGGUCUAUAUGACUCUCAUGCCAGAUGAGGAAAUCGGAGGCGAGUACGGGAUGAUACCGUUCGUGAAUACCACCGCGUUUUAUAACAUGAAUGUUGGUAUAGAACUGGAUGAGGGCACUUCCUAUGACAUCCCUAUCAUUCCUGUUUUCUACCAGGACAAAUCAGUAUGGCAGAUCCAAGUGGACUGCUACGGCGUAGCGGGUCACGGUUCCACGUUCCCUGCGACAAAUUCGACGGCUACGGGUAAGUGUCGCAACGUGAUAGACAUCAUUCUGGCGUACAGGGACGAGCAGUACGAGCUGUCUACACAAGCCACCAUCGCCGACGCCGGCAUCUACACCUCUGUCAACCUCAACAAACUAAACGGCGGAACAGCGAACAAUGUGUUACCUAACCACGUCAGCCUGACCUUUGACAUGAGGCUGGGCACCCGCGUCAAAGAGAGCGAAUUUCAAGCCAUGGUGGAGUCAUGGAUAGCGCAAGCGGGCGACAACGUGACGUUGACCUACAUCUCCAAGAACAAGCAGUCUCCAGCCACCAGGGUCAGCCUUGACAACCCCUACUGGGCCGCCAUCGUCGCUGCUGCCGUGGAACAAAAGAUCUUGAUCCUGCCGAUCGUCCCGCCAGGGUCGACUGACGCGCGGCACGUGCGGUCAGAGGGCACGCCAGCCUUCGGCUUCUCCCCCAUGCCCAACACGCCGCUGUUGCUGCACUCGGUGGACGAGCACCUCAAUGCCCAGACCUUCCUCGACGGCAUCAACAUAUACCAGCAGAUCAUCACCAACCUCGCCUCUAUCCCAGGAUCUCUCACCACUGCUAGCAAGAGCUCCUACCUAUAUAGCACUGUGGAAUAAGCAGUUGACCUCCAUAUAUUGUUGUGUUUUUUUUGUAUAGUUUUGUAUGGUUGUGUAUGAGAUUUCAGAACAAAUAUCUAGUUAAAUAUGUUUGUUAAAGCCAUUAUUAUUUGUUUCAUUCAGGUUUUUUUUUCUAUUCUUUCAUAUUUUGGUUUAUAAAUAUGGUAAUUUGGUUAUUAUAAAUACUUUUCGGAUA